AUGGAGAAACGACAACCACCAACAUACACUCCACGAGUUGACAGACCCGACAGAGCUGAUGAGUCAUUACGCAGCAACCAAGCAGAAAAGCAAACUUCACCAGAGACAGCAGACGGCCAACCACAAAACCACGCCUCCACACCCCCAGCGCCAACCUUCCAAUCCAAAUUCGCCUCCCUCUCCCUCCACCAACACGACCGCAUCCGCCUCCUCCAAUUCCCCGACUCCGCCGCCAACACCGUCCGCCAAGCCAUUCAAAAAUCAUGGCCCCAAGGCAUCCAAGACCAACGACACAUCCACAACAGCCUAGAACUAAAACUCAAAGGUCUCCCCUGGCUCGGACCUGGCAGCGACGCUAUGCACGCCCGUCGUCUCAUGCGGACUAUCUUCGAGGACCUGUUCGAUGCCGGCUGGGUCUUGAGCUUGAGUACGGACGUGAGUAAGCGGAAUAGGGAUAAAGAUACCUUGAUCUUUCGACAGCAGAUUCCACCUGCUAAGCCACGGGACUGGAUCUGUGUGGCGUUUUCGAAGAAGGAUAGGUUGAGGGUCAUGGAUGCGCCGGAGGAGUUGCUUGAUGCGAUUUAUGAAGGGAUUAGGGAUGUGAUCCAGGAGAAGGUAAGUCACCAGAUGAAAGGGGUGUGGGAGGUCAAGUUACGAGGCUGGCCAUGGGCUGCGAUCAGUGGGGACGACGUGAUGAAGGCUAGGGGCUUGUUGUUGAGGUUGUUCGCGAUCUUGGAAAGUCAUGGGUUUACAGUCUAUGCGAGCAUCGAUCAGAAGGCGGAUCUGGACUCUGAGAAAGGAGAGACAGAUACAUGGCAUUGCUGUAGGCCGAAAGAUUGGGAGAUAGGAGCUCCUGUUUAUCAUUGGUAA